AUGUCUUUGGAAAUUCGGCCAAUCGGAGAAGUCAUCAGUUAUCAAGCUACAUCGCGGACUGAAUUUGUAGUUGGAAUGGGAGUCGUUAAAUCAAAAACAAGUAAAAACGAAAGUAUUACAUUCACUAUCAUCCAAUUUAUCCCAGUCGAUGCCGAAGAUACAUGUUAUGUCACUUCGUUGGUUCCUAAAAAUGUUGUCUAUUUUUACGGGACUGUCACAAGGUGGAUUCGUCAGCACUCCCACUCUAGAAAAAUUUCUCUGGAUCCAAUAAAUCGUACAAAAGUUUAUAAUGUCGGCUCUCGAGUAAAGGUCGAAGGCGCUGCGGAACUGCAUAACAAUAUUAUAUAUUGUGAAUUGCAACAUGUGACGUUUGUUAUUCUGAAAAAUACUGCCCCAACGACACCAACACUGCAGUCUCUCCUCCGCGGGCCACUAUUGUCCGAAGCAUUGUAG